GAAGUCUCGACUAAUUUCGACUUGGUGGUAUUCUAGAUUCCGAAUAGUUUCGACUAGAUACCACCAGGUAACAAUUACUCAUUGUUCUAUUACAAUCAAAAUCUCCUCAAAAAAUGACAGUGUUGUUUCAAUAUCUAGUUCCCAGUCAGUCCGAAGAACAUGGUAUUUAAAAUGUUAAAAUAUCAUAAAUGGUUUAAGAAUACAGGUCUUUCUUCGAUUAACAAAUCAAUGGGAUCGAAAAGGGGAUUCUCAUAUAGAUGUUUUGUUGUAUUGACGUAGCAAGUGCAGCUUUGAUAGAUGCUCUCACCAAAAGCCUUCGGAAGAAGUUUAAAGCUUUGAUCCAGCCCACCUUAUUCAUUUAUCUUAUCUGUGCGGGGCAACCAUUUCCAAGAUGAUCCGCAAUCGAGGAAUGCCGGAGGAGAUAUGCAGGAACCCAUCAUCGUAUCUUGAGUUUCUUGGCCAUCUUAUCGUUGAAACACUCCAAGAUAAAUUCCUAAGUAUUCAUAGCUCUCAAAAUACCAUCUCACUUGUAUCCCGUUGUUCCGAGUAUAAAUAUCUGCUUUGUUUCUAUCGUUUGGGUGAACAGACAAGUAUCGUGAGCAAUCGGAGGAAUUCCACUUCAUUGAUCUGAGAUCAUGGCUUUCAGAAUGUUGAAAUCGGCUGCCGUGACCAUAUCUCUGGUGAGCAUGGCAAAUGCUGCCAUCUCAAUCUCGAAGACCGGCACUACCGUUGCUGUCAAUGGCAUCAGCUAUUAUGUUGGCAUCGACCCUGUUGCAACCAUCCAGUCCAAGCCGAGCACAGCAGACUUGGUUCCUUUGACGGUUAUGAAAAGUUCAGAGAGAAGUUUCACCGCUGCUUCAUUCAAAUCAUUAGUUACCAAUUACACUGCCUUCGACGAUGUUUUCAAUCCCGGAUUUUUGGAAGCUGUUCACCUCGUCGGUUCUACUAAUUCUAGUUCGUUAUCAACUGUUUGUAAUGAAUUUGGAACUCAAAAGUUUACCAGCAGUUCAAACAAUCAGGUGCCUCCAGGGCCAUACUUUUUAAACCCAAAUACCGGCGAGCUCUUCAAAGCUUAUCGUUUGUAUUCUGAUGUACAGGAUGCUUUUACUGAAGGAACAAUUGAGAACUCGGACGGAACGUUUUCUAUUCUGAGUGCAUCCAUUCCUGGGGUGCAGAGUUCUACUAUCGGCGUGCCUUCCAGGCUCUACUAUACCAAAACUGCCGAAAAGCCUCUCGCCGGAGUCCGGCUUGGUGUAAAAGAUAUCUACGACGUUGCAGGAAUCAAGACCAGUAAUGGCAAUCGUGCAUAUUACGAGCUUUAUCCACCAGCAAAUUUUACCGGACCCGCUGUCCAGAGUUUGAUUGACGCAGGAGCAAUUAUCGUCGGAAAGAUGAAGACAUCCCAAUUUGCUAAUGGGGAAAGUCCAACUGCAGACUGGGUGGACUAUCACUGCCCUUUCAACCCCCGUGGUGAUGGAUACCAAUCUCCAUCCUCUUCUUCUUCUGGCCCUGGAGCUGGAAUUGGUGCUUAUGAUUGGUUAGACCUUGGUAUUGGUUCCGAUACUGGUGGAAGUAUUCGUAACCCAUCUCAAGUCAAUGGAUGCUUCGGUAAUAGGCCAUCUCAUGGACUGGUUAGCUUGGAUAAUGUAAUGCCUUUAUCUCCAACUCUUGACACUGCGGGUUUUCUCACUAGAGAUCCAAUUUUGUGGCACGAAGCUGCUAAAGUCUUGUAUGGAAACAACAUCACAAGCAACUUCACUGAAUUCCCCAAGAAGAUUUGGACAUCAGAUUUCCCAGAAAACGCUACAACAGAGGCUGAAUCAGUCUUACUUGAUUUUCUCGCGAAGUUAGAAACGUUUCUUAACUCAACAAGCACGACUGCUCUAGAUUUGGGGGCUCUUUGGAACGAAAAAACCCCAUCUGGAGCAAAUGACUCUUCAAUUGAAGAUUUCCUUAGUCUUGUAUAUCCCACUCUCAUUUCCCAGCAACAAUACAGUCUCCUUGCCGAGCCAUUCUAUGCGGAUUACGCUGCUGCAAAUGAUGGCGCCCGUCCUUUCAUUGAUCCCGUACCAUUAAGCAGAUGGGCUUGGGGACAAAACAACAUCAGUGCUGAUGCAAGCGAACAAGCCAUUUCUAACAAAACUAUUUUCAUGGAUUGGUUUGCCGAGGAAGUUGUACCUUCUAGCCCAAGCAGCUGUAGUGAAAGUUUGCUUCUUUAUCCCGGGACAUUAGCAGAAACUUCAUAUAGAAAUGUCUACAGCAGUCUUCCAGGAGUACCGUCCGGAUGGUCUGUCAGCCGGGUAUCCAACUUUGCCGAAGUCCCCGAUAUGGUGUUCCCAAUCGGCCAAGCUGCAUACAAUUCUACCAUAUCAUUACAAACAGAGUAUCUACCGGUGGCAAUUGACAUCAUUGCGAGAAAAGGGUGUGAUGGAAUGAUUUUUGAACUGGCGGAACGGUUGUUAGAAGAAGGUAUUCUGAUGAUUCCCAAAGCAGGGAGUGUAAUGUAUUGAAUUUAGCGGUUUUAUUUUUUGAUAGUUAUUUAAUGUCUAUAUUUCAGUUGGUCUACAAUCGACUUGUUA